CCAGAGGAGCUCUACCAGAAUCGCCGCUACGUCAGCUGGGCUCCCACCAUCUGCCUCGCUCGAUGCGCUUUUACUAUGCUAUCGUGAGCCGCGAAGGUAUCUUGCCAGUUUUGCCAAGUGCGGGAGCGUCGUCAUCAGUGAUGUGAUGAGUCGGGUCUUUUUGAGGUUGUUAGGAGAGGACGGGAAGCGUCGCAGAAAAGGUUGAAAGAGAGGCGAGCAGGAAAAGAGCUCGCUGUUGUGAAUAGAUCUUCUCCUUUCUGAUCGUCUCCUGGAUGUGGGUUCCCUCAGAUUCCAUGCCACCGAAUGAACUGAAAAGAAACCCAGUUGCUUGUUGAGGACGUUGUUUGUUGAAUUCGCUCGCCUCCGGUUGCGAAUUUGCGUGAAGAUGUGGGCACAGUUUGUGUGAUAGUGGGGUUGGAUUUUUGAGGUGGGAGGAUUUGUGAUGUGGGGAGGUUUGGGUGAUUGUUUGUAGCAGUGAAGAAGGGUCGUGACUCGCGCCUCGCGCCUCGGGUGUUCGGAAGGUACUUUAGGGUUUGUGUGCUGUGGACUAAUUUGAGGUUGUCGAGAGAAGGAUUGCAUUGAAUUUGAGGUGCCAUGGCUCCCGUGAAAUGGAAGAGGUUCAGUGAUGUCGCUGCCAAGGCGGCGAAUUAUCAUGGGCGUCAAGGUAUGGGGGUGGUGAGCUUGGGAUGGAGAGCACGCACUUCUACCCAUUCUUCCCCUCCCUCUCUGCCCAGCUGUGGUGGAAGCUCUGUGGUUCCCCCCACUUCUGUGAUUCCAAGUCAUGUACAUAAUUUCAUUCGGUCAUUGCCCUCUGCCUCGACUCCCUCCGGCCCAAGCAUCAGUCCUGAUAUGGAACGUCUUGCAAUCGGACGGAGAAAAUUUCAUGAUGGUAAGUUGGGGAAGAGAUCGCGCGGAGCGCACCAAAUUUGCACGAGCUGCAGCACUCCGGUAUCCGCCUCAGUGGCAUCAAUUGGUCCCACCUUUGACUCACGCAGAACAUGUUCGAAUUGCGAAGCAGUCGAGACAAGAAUGAGUGUUGAGCCUGUGGCGACUUCUACCCGAGCAUACAGGGCAGCGAGUAGCAUGAUUGUCCCGAAAGGAAGUGAUGCAGGGUCAGCUUUGUCAAUAGCCGAAACUGAAGAGUUGCGAGACUCUCGAUCGCAAGGCUCUCGAAAGCAAAUUCAUGGGGAUGUGCCGCAGCAUUUGCAGGCCGCUGUAAAUAUGCCGCCAUCUUCCCCAGUGGCUGUUUCAACACCGCCUAAUCCCCCUUAUUCUCCGAGCUCCAAUUUGAUCCGAGCGCAUCCUAGCACAGGAGGCCCUGGAGGUCCAGGAGGUGGAUUUGGUUCCAGAGACUCUUGGGGCGGUGCUGCGCUUGGGAAGGAACUCCCCACUCCUAGAGAAAUUUCUCAAGCUCUCGACAAGUUUGUCGUGGGUCAGGAAAAGGCUAAAAAGAUAUUAUCCGUGGCAGUGUAUAAUCAUUAUAAGCGUAUUCACUAUGAGUCCUUAUUAAAGAGCAAUAUAAGGCUUACCGAUGAGGGAUAUGGUGGUCUCAGCGCUGGCCAUUCUGAUAUGGAAGACGAAGAGAAUGACGGCGUGGAGUUGGAGAAGAGUAACGUUCUUCUCAUGGGUCCUACUGGAUCUGGAAAGACAUUGCUUGCCAAGACGUUGGCUAGAUUCGUAAACGUUCCAUUCGUGAUUGCGGAUGCUACAACACUUACCCAGGCAGGAUACGUGGGAGAAGAUGUGGAAUCCAUCCUGUACAAGUUGUUGAUGGCGGCAGAAUUUAAUGUUCCAGCCGCUCAACAGGGUAUCGUUUAUAUUGAUGAAGUUGACAAAAUUACAAAGAAGGCGGAGAAUAUGAACAUUAGCAGGGAUGUAUCUGGUGAAGGAGUUCAGCAGGCACUUUUGAAGAUGCUGGAAGGAACUGUUGUGAAUGUGCCAGAGAAAGGGGCUCGUAAACACCCACGUGGAGACCAUAUUCAGGUUGACACGAAGGAUAUCUUGUUUAUUUGCGGGGGUGCUUUCAUAGAGCUUGAGAAAACUAUUGCAGAGAGGCGUCAGGACUCGUCUAUUGGAUUCGGAGCACCUGUACGUGCGAACAUGAGAGUGAAUAAAUUGGUCAAUGCGGCCGUCACAUCUUCAUUGCUUGAGUUGGUGGAGAGUAGUGACUUGAUUUCAUAUGGGCUCAUUCCUGAGUUUAUUGGAAGGUUUCCUGUUCUUGUCAGUCUAGCUGCCUUGAAUGAAGACCAGCUUGUGCAGGUGCUCACAGAACCCCGAAAUGCCCUGGGCAAACAGUACAAGAAAAUGUUUGCCAUGAAUAAUGUCAAGUUGCAUUACACUGAAGGAGCGUUGCGAAGGAUUGCACAGAAAGCCAUGAUCAAGAACACUGGAGCUCGUGGGUUGCGAUCCAUUAUGGAGGCCCUUUUAACAGACUCUAUGUACCAGGUUCCAGAUUCAGUUUCGGAGACGGAUGAGAAAAUAGAUGCAGUCGUUUUAGACGAAGAUGCGGUAGGUCCACCUGAUGGCGUAGGAAGCGGUGCUAAGAUUCUUCGUGGAGAGGGUGCUUUGGACAUUUAUUUGAAUAACAUGAAGAGUCCCAGCAAGAGAGGGACAGAACGAUCACUUGAAGAGGAGGAAGCUGAAACAGACCCGGAGUUGCCUGCCAGGGCAGCAAACUUGUAAACUAGGGGGUUGCAUUUGUACAGCAUAAAUUUUAGUUGUAUUACCAUCUGUGGUCUACGUAAAAUUGUAUUCGUUUGAGCACGUCAUGGAACCAUAAUGGCGCUCAGUGCUGUCAUCCUUGCAAAUGGAUAAAUCCUGCAUAGGCAUAGAUAUGGAAACGUUCUUGCACUGCAUUUUCGCCUUCCAUGAAGCUCCUUUGCAGAAGGAUAAUCCGCAAGGUGGCCUUUGUAAAGAUCUUCUGUUGCUCAAACUAAUUACGCAAUAAUGGCGAUAUUUAUUUUGAUCC